AUGUAUCGCACUCGUCGCUCGCGCAGCACGAUGGAUGAUUUGAAAUUGGAACUGAAGAAUAAUUUGCAACGGUCAAAGUCCCUGAGCUCGUUGGAGAUACUGGACAAUGUUAGCAACGGGCUUAAAGUGUUUCAACAACGCCUCACCCGGAUUAAAGACAGCGUGGCAGGGUCAGACGCUUCGAUGGAGGCGCGCGAGCAAAUCAUUUACGACGAAGUACUCACUAACAACAGUGAUUCGCUGAACGUGGGGUGUGUGACUGUUUUGGAGAGGAAAAUCGAAAGGCUGAGUGAUUUACUACAGGAGCAGCAGAAGUUUUUGGUAGAAAUAAAGAGAGAUCUAAAGAAAUCUGUGCUCAGUUCUGCCGCUGCUGCUGUCUUCGGAAACAAAUCUGUGGCGGAGAAAAGUCCAGUUGCUGAGCUUACGGUUAAUGACCCCAGUCUGUCAACGCGUGACGACGUUGUGACCGGUAAGGCCAAUAACAAAGAAAAUGACAAUACAAAGACUUUACUGGAAGCGAUCGAGUACAAAAACGCGCAGUGUCUCGAGCGGGAAAUCAAGGAUGCCCUCACCAAUUUCCUCCAAAGCGAUGAAUUGAAAGCCCACGUGAUAUCGACGACGGAGGUUUGCGUGAAGGAGGUCAUACGCAGUAGCUUCUGCCAGGACUUCUCCGCUUCCUAUCUGCCGAUUUUGGAGCGCUCGCACCGCCGCCUGCUCAAGCACGUGACUAAAGUCCUGGAAGACUCCUUCAAAGACUUGGAAGAGAGUUCGGCGAUAUUUUCCAAGUCCGUCGAGAACACUGCGAAGACACUGCACAAGGCUCUUGAAAGACACCAGGCUCUGCUCGAGGAGGCGGUCCGCAACAAAAACUUACUAAAGAAUCUACAAAAUAGUUUACAAGAAGUUCUACAAAAGGAGUUGAAAGAAUGGCGGGAAAAUCUGUUCAAUGUGGUAUUUACGCGCGACAAUCGCGUCGUCGAAGAUGUACCUCCUAAUCCAGCAUCCCCGAAUCAAGCAGCCGUGAGUCCACCGCAGCCCGCCGAUCCAGAGCGAUCUAUUCUGGAACAGUUGAUGAAGUCGGCGGAGAUCAAGGAGCAAAUCAAAGCGGGCAACGUGAACGGCUCGUUCGAGAGGGCGCUGUCGUCGGCCGACCUCUCGCUGGUGAUGGCGGCGUGCCGGGCGGCGGACCCCGCCCGCCUCUUCUCGGGCCGCUGCGAGCUGCGCCAGUGCGUGCUGCUCUCGCUGAUACAGCAGCUGGCCACCGACAUGGUCCACGACACGCAGCUCAAAUGCAGAUAUCUGGAAGAAGCCAUAAUAAAUUUGAAUACACUGGACCCCGUAACUCGCAGCCAUUUACCUACGAUUGUUGAAGAAGUCCAAAAGCAUCUCACAAAGUUCUUGAAGUCUUACCCAAGCCACGUUGCGAGCCGAAGAAUAACUCUUAUUAUUAUGGCGGCUAAGGAUCUUUUAAAGUUAUUA